AUGUAGAAGACUCCAAAGCCUGAAUUUCUUUAGAUUCCAUCUUAAACUAAAAGUGUUAAUAAGAUAAACAUGAUAGAAGUGAAAAAUGAAGGAAUGAUUGUAUCAAGAUUUAUAUCCUAAGCAUGAUGUUUGUUAUGAUUUUUUUGGAACUAAGAUUGCAUUAGGAUCAUCAGAUGGACAUAUAGAAAUAUAAGAAAUUAAUGUUAAUUCAUUUAAAUCAGAAUAAUAGAAAGACAUAUUAUCAUAUAAAAUUAGUGAUUUGUAAUUUAUUUGAUUAUUGAGAUAGUUAACAUAAAGGACCAGUUUGGUAAUUGAGUUGGUCUAAUCCUAAAUAUGGAAAUAUUUUAGCAUCUUGCUCUUUCGAUAAAACUAUUUGUCUCUUUAAAGAAUAGAAAUUAGGCAAAUAUUCUUUAUUGCUUCAAUUAUCAGAACAUUAAGAAUCAGUUCAAUCUAUUUAAUGGUCUUAUAGAAAAUUAAUAUUGGCAGCUGGAGUAGCAGAUGGGAGUGUACAUAUAUAUUACAGAAAGAAAAAUGGAUAAAUCAAAAAUUAAUAAGAUUGGGAACAUAAAUCUGUAUAUAUCAAUAUAAAUAUAAGGAAAGUUAACAUUAAUCUUGUGUAAAUCAAGUGAGUUGGGUAAGAGACAAAGAAUUGGAUUUUGCAACAUGUAGUACUGAUAAGACAAUAAGAAUAUGGAAAGUAACUACUCCUAUAGAUGGAGAAUAUAAAUUAACUUAGAUUUAAUAUAUCUAAUGUGAAAGUUGGGUUAGAUCUAUUGAUUGGGCAGCUGAGUAAUAUUAUUCAAAUUAAAUAUUGGCUGCAGGAUUGGAAGUAUAAAUUAAAUUUUUAUAAGUCUACUUAAGUUGAUAUUUAUUAUUUAAGAUGGGAUUAAAACAAUGAUUAAUAAGUUAACAUCAGCAAAAAAGUUUAAAUAUAAGCUAAAGGUCCUUGUUGGAAAGUAUAAUGGUCUCCAUUAGGUAAUCAAUUAGCAAUAUCUACAUUGGAUGACAAGAAUGAUCCAUUUGUUUAAGUUUAUAGAUAAACAUAAUAAGGUGAGUUUGUAGAAAUUUGA